UACCUUCACACUCACCUCCUCAAGCCUCCGUCUGUCCGCCGCCCUCCUCUCCAUCACCUACUAACACACAUCAUUUCUUGCCUCUUCCUCGAGUCUCGUCUCUCUCUCCCUCCUCCUCCUCCUCCUCCAUCUCCUGCCGGUUUUCCCUCCUUCUCACAAUUCUCUGCACCCACUGUCUACACACUCAAGCUCAUUGGCACCCAAGGACAGAACAGCUUCUCAUCUGAACCAGCGAUGGUUUGAUCUUUUUGGCCAGACUUCUUGACACUGAGCUCAGCUGAGGAAGAGGACAAGGACGGAAAGAAGGCAUGGAGCACAGCCACAUCUUCCCUGUGUCACACCACAAUGGGAGCACUGGGGGAUGCCCUCUCGGACCCCUGCCCGUCAUCUACUACAGCGUCCUGCUCUGUCUCGGCCUGCCUGCUAACAUCCUGACAGUGGUUAUCCUGUCCCAGCUGGUGCUGCGUCGUCAGAAGUCCUCCUAUAACUAUCUCCUGGCUCUGGCUGCUGCUGACAUCCUUGUUCUGCUCCUCAUUGUGUUUGUUGACUUCAUCCUGGAGGAUUUCAUCUUGGCUUCCUUCCUGCCUCCAUCCAUAAACAGUGCAGUGCAGGUUCUGGAGUUCUCCUCCAUCCACACGUCCAUCUGGAUAACAGUGCCUCUCACCAUUGAUCGCUACAUCGCUGUUUGCCACCCACUCCGCUAUCACACAGUGUCCUACCCCGCCCGAACACGUAAGGUGAUAUUUGCAGUGUACAUCGGGUGUUUGCUCUCUGCUGCACCCUACUACUGGUGGCCUGAGUUCUGGCACAGUCUACCAGGGGUUGGCAAUACAGAUGAAGGAGGAGGAGGUGGAGGAGAACGCAGCAGAAGAACAGUGGCAGAGCAUGUCCUGGUUUGGGCUCACUGUGCCACCAUCUACUUGCUGCCCUGUACUGUUUUCUUCUCCCUCAACACCGGUAUUGUGCGGAAGCUGCGAAAGCGCCGCAACUGCUUCAGGCUGCGUGGCUAUUCCACUGGCAAGACCACUGCCAUUCUCCUUGCCAUCACCUCCGUUUUUGCCGUCCUGUGGGCUCCGCGCACUGUCUUGAUCCUCUACCACUUCUACUCGCCCCCACCAGCCUCACAAAGCACUGGCCGCCUGCUCCACGUGCUAACUGAUGUGGCAAACAUGCUGGCACUGCUCAACACUGGCGUUAACUUCUUCCUGUACUGCUUCAUCAGCAAGCGUUUCAGGGCCAUGGCGGCCAACGUCCUCCGAGCCCUUGUCCACUGUCAGAAGCAGCCAAAACCGUUUUAUGCGAGUCACAACUUCUCCAUAACAAGCAGCCCUUGGAUCUCACCAGCCAACUCCCACUGCAUCAAGAUGUUGGUGUACCAGUACGACAAAAAUGGAAAGCCCAUCUGCAUCUCUUCUUGAGUCCAAACUUACCAGCAAUGGCCCCUCAAAUCUUUCAGGCUAACUUCGGCCACAUGGGACUAAUUCAGGCCAAAAACCCUGUUAGUAAUAACAAAUGGGUUGGUUUGAAAGGUGCAACAAUAAACAUCAGAUGCAUGGUGCAAAGUUGCAAAGCCUCUCGAGAUCAAUAAAGUAAUCAUAACGCUGCAAACAACAUCAGUAAGAUGGUUAUUGCUCCCUUCAUGCAAAUAACACAUAUGCUGGUUUUUAAACUUUAUGACAGUUGAAAGCAUAUCACCACCAUCUACCAGUGAAAUGAGCUACCAUUUCCGACACAUAAAAUGACAGAACAACACAAUGAAUCCUUGGUGAACAAUCAGAUAUGGACGCUCCUUCAUAUUCCUUUCCAGAAAUGAGGAAGAUCUUUUAAGAGCUGAGUCUUUUAUCUGUUGGGGAAAUUGUUAUCAGUCUGAUUGCUGCACAUCUCACCUGGAGGGAUGAUUCACUCAGGCACAACCAAAUACAGAGUGCCCACUGCCCACAAUCAUGACUGUCUCUCUCUAGAAAUGUAACACAGCUCUGUCAUUUCCAUUUUAAUAUGCAGAGGAGUCUUGGAUGCAUCUUAAACAGGGCUCUUAUGAAAUGAACAACAUUCUCUGACUAUACUGCUGACUGUGCUGUGCUCAUAGUUCGCUCACAAGUCAAUGCUCACAUCCGAACUCCGCCCUGACCAUCGUUGGACGAAGGGGUUGUCCUUUUUCUGUUUGUUGAUAAAAUAUUUAUUCAUGGUAGACCUGACUGUUACUGUAGCUUUGCAAAAACACAAGAAAAGAAAUAUGACUUGGUGUGAGUGUAGCACUGAGUUAUUAUUAAACUAGUUAUCAUCUUUUCCAUUAUUAGAAUGAGGAAAUUUCUGCUAGGAGAUAGUCCUCUAUUAACUAUUAAUGGUGUCUGAUGACUUACUGUUAGCCAUCAUCCAGAUGCAUAUAAUGAAAGUAACUGAAGAUGUCUUUAACCCUUUAUCUUUCAAAGGGACUGAGACACAUAGAGAGGUAGAGAGGACUUGAUUUUCUGCUCUUCCUUCCUGUUGGGUUUGUUUUCCCCAUCCAAAGGCUUUUUGUCCCAUUAUGACGCACUGAAUUCGGUCUGAGGGCCAAUGUGACACAUUUCAGGUCUACUCAUACUGCUCCUGGCUCUACAGGAACAUGUUACAGCAAACCAGUCACAUUAACUCCAUGUCACUGAUACUCUGUAUAAAAAAAACACAUUUUAAAUAAAGACAUACACAUCUAUUGUGCUGUAUGA